AUAAAGGGUAAACAAUUGCCAUUACAAAGAUUGAUAAAUGUCUUGGAUAAAGAACAAUUAUGUACUUUAGUCAAUAAAUUGAUUCAAGAAAAACCAGAGCUAAAUGAGAUUGUUUUAAAAAAAACAUAUAGUUUAAAAUUAAUACCGGGAAUUGAAAAUUCAUUAAAAUAUCUUGAAAACUAUUUAAAUGGUAAAAUUUUAAAAAAUUUACCAUACAAGGAUGAUAUUGAAAGUGAAUAUUCAUUUUUAAGAAUUGAAAAAAAUUUGAUUGAAUUUUAUAAUAUAUUAAGUGAUUUCUUACUAAGUUUUUUACCUCCAAUUGAAAUUUCGUUUAAAAAUUCAAUUUUCUUUAUUAAUGGAGUCACAAAUAUUAUUCAUAAUUUGCCAAAUUUUAAAAUUAGUCAAUACAAUUUAUAUCAUAAAUCUAAUAUUUACAAUCAACUAUCUGAUGCUUGGUUA